UAUUCAAAGUAAUUUAAAAAUAUCUUCAUUAAUGGCAGAGUUAAGGACUGGACACAGAACAGACCCUGUUAACAUUUGACUUCAAAAUGUGACCUUAACCUUGGAGCUAGGGUUGUGGGACUUCCGCACGACAUGCCGUCUCAUUAUGGUUAACAUUUAUGCCAAGUUAUUUCUAAAUCCAUUUAUGGAUGGAAAAGUUAUAGAUCGGACAAGACACAGACCCUGUUAUUAUUUGGCCUCCAAGUAUAACCUUGACCUUAGAACUAGUGAUUUUGUCAUGCGCAUGGCACGUCGUCUUAUAUUGAUGAACAUUUAUCUAAGUUAUUUCAAAAUCCCUGUAUAGACGGUAGAGUUACAGCCCGGACAAUAAUUUACACGGACGUACUUUGGUGGGAAUAACAAAACAAAAUAGUCAUGAAUUAGAUAAGUAGAUAUUAUUCUUUUCUUUCAGAAUAAAUCGACAACAUUUAAUGCGUGAGUAACGACAAGUAUAUUCGCAGUGUGUUGACUUUGCAGGGAACAGCUUUUCUCAUUAUAAUAAAUAUGGACUUAAGAAGGGCCUGGGUGUAUUCUCUGAUCAUAUCCGUGGCAACUUGUAUGAUCACGUAUGGAAUGAUGUUCAAAAUUACUGCGUCAAUUUCUCCUCAAAGAUGGAACAAAGAAAUUAUAAUGUCAGGAUUGUAUCAAAACGCAUCAUACCUAAGCAGAAGCAAUUUAUCAAGUAAAGAUAAGGCUGUUGAGAGACUAGACUUUUUGGAUAUAUCUGAUAGAAUACAGCUGAAUAAAAUAAUUGUGCAAAACGAAAAGGACUGUCAUCAUCACAAAUUCCUUGUUUACAAAUGCGAUUACUCGAGGCGUUGCGGCGGAUGGGGUGAUAGGCAGCGUGGUAUUGUUUCAUCAUUUCUGUUAGCAAUGAUAACUGGAAGAGCGUUUGUUAUAAAUAUUGAAAAGCCAUGUUCACUUGAAAACAUUUUAAUUCCCCAUUUGUAUGACUGGUCCGUAUGCAAAACAUUUGUUAAUUCAAUUCAUAACAAUAACACCAAUGAGUUUGAUUUUGUAGGUGGAUCUACAUUUUUCAAAGCCAUUCCAAACUUCGAUUUCAAAUCCAAAUGGAAGUGGCAGGUAAUAUUCUUGAAAAACAAUCAAAAUUUAAUUCGUUUUCUACGAAGGCGCAAAGAAGCUAGUCAACAACUACGAUGGCUUUUCAAACUGACAGAGCCAAACAUCUACAAUGUAUUACUACAAAUACUUUUCCAACCAACAAGGAAUGUUUUAAAUUAUCUUGAGGAAUUUAAAUUGAAAGUGAAAGGAAAAUCUCUUGUAUGUAGUCACAUACGUAAAGGCCAGAAUCCAAGUAUACCAGAAGACGACCUAUUUAAAAAAAAACCUGACGAAAUUUCUAUAUUCAACUUUCUGAAAAACUUCAAAACGUCUAGCAAAUAUGUUCUUUAUCUGGCAACAGACUCACAAUCUGUCCGUGAAACAUUUUCAAGAACGUUUAAUAAUAGUAUCAACCUAAACGUAACAAUUGUUCACGUUGAUCGCCUUAAUUUUGGUAUGUAUCCAGAGACAGCUUGUGAAGGAUUUAGAUUUGCGAUAAUAGAACAAUAUAUUCUUUCUCUAUCUGAUAUUUUGAUUCUAACCAACAGUGGAUUUGGAAGGAUGGCAGGAUAUAUGAGAGGGAAAUCAGAUCACCUGUAUUUGUGGAGUCAAAAGUCAAGACGUGUUGUUUUGUCAGAUCUACAACAUAUAUAAACGUUCAGAAUAGUAGAUUUGUAUCCGAGUAGAACGUUUGAUCACAUGGAGGUAUGAAAGCCUGAAAUAUUUUGAGAAACCGAUUUCAGAACGAUGUUUGUGCUUGUGCACAUAUCUGUAUUACAAGAUGAUAAAGUAUGCAAUCUAGGUUAUACAUAAGCGAAAAAAGACUAACUGGACGAUUUCAUAAUUAAAACCACCAAUUGGAUUUUUAAGCUCUCUAUGAGGACAGAUAUUUCGAGAGUUUGACUCAAUGUUUAAAUGUUAUAAUUUGUGUCGAAAGUAUGGUAAUUUCCUGUCAGAUGCAUUUAAUUCAAUCCUAAUUGAAUUUCUUCCAGAUUAGAAAAAAAUGCUCAAUGGACAAAUUAUACAUUUUUUGUUAAUCAUACACUUCCCCAUAUUAAUUCCUUUAAGUUUGUCAAUUUUUGGUUUUGUCAAUGUAAUCUUUUAGAUAUAACUUCAAAUGUUCAGAAGAUGCAAUUUCAAUAUCCUUAAUAUGAAGACAUCGAUAAUUCUACAUAAGUUCAAGAGAUUAAGAUUUUGAAACAAAGUGUCUAAAGUCGAGCAAUAUUACCGCUGCGCAACUCGUGCAUAUAUCCACAUAAAAAGAUGAUAACCUUUUUAUUAUAUUUGUAAAUAUUUAACUGGUCAGCACUUUCUAGCGCAAUAAGAUGUGUGAGAAAUUGCUGACCACAAAGAAAUAGAAGAAAUCCGUCAGCAAUUUACUCACAUUCAAUACAUACAUGAACCUUCAGCAGAUUUACUUUAUAUUCAACUGCAUGGUCAGCACAUCUAGCGGUAAAACGGAUGUGAGAAUUUGCUGACCACAAAGAAAUAGAAGGAAUCCGUCCGUACUUUGCGCACAUUUAAUAUAUACCUGUCCGGUCAGCAUAUUUACCUAUAUUUAACUGGUCAGCAUUUUCUAGCGAUAUCGCAUUUGCGUAAAAUUGCUGACCACAUAGAAAUAGAGUGAAAUGGUCAGCAGAAUUUACUGUUUCAAACUUAUACAGAAGCAGUCAGCAGUUUCAAUAUUUCACACUAUAUUUAACUGUCCAGCACUAGAUAGCGAUAUCGUAUUUUCAUGAAAUUUCUGACCACAUAGAAAUAGAGGGAAAUGGUCAGCAGAAUUAUUGUUUCACAAUUAUAUCGAAGCGGUCAGCAGUUUCAGUAUUUCACACUGUAUUUAACUGGUCAGCACUUUCUAGCAAUAUCACAUUUGCGUGAAAUUGCUGACCACAAUAGAAAUAGAGGGAAAUGGUCAGCAUUUAUCUAUUGUGUAUUUUUCGUACGAACGAAACACAAUCUACUCGAUUAAUUACCGUAUUGCAGUAGACUGAAAAUACAAUUCCGUAUUUUGUCUGCGCUUUCAGUAUAUUUCAGUAUUUUUUCUUAAAUGUUUCUGUAUGAUUUUAAAGACAGUACAUAUGCAUUGUAAAAGGCUGAAACGCUUACCUGCAGCUAAUUUUGUAUUUAUGUCGAAACAAUUUUCACGACCAUCAUUUGAAGUUCUGUGUCUUUUUCCAGUUGGUACGGAAUUUAUCUCAUGACAGAUUACGCAUUUAGGAUUGACCCAAGUCCAUUACCUCUCGAAUUAUAUCCUCUAGGUGUAGUUUUGAUAUACAGCGGCUGCAUUCGCACAAUCCGUCCAUCAGAACAGAAAGUUCGAUAACUCUUCUACCAUCCAUCCAUCCUUUUUUUUUAAUUCGUGUGCUUUUCCUCUUUACUGUUGAGCCUCCAGAAAAAUGGUGUAUGUGCAUUACAGAUCUCUUUUUGCCCGUCCGCUUAGCUCAGUAGGGAGAGCGUUGGUCUACGGAUCGCGCGGUCGUGCGUUCGAUCCCUGGGCGGGGCAUAUGUUUUCCGUGACGAUUUGAUAAAAGACAUUGUGUCUGAAAUCAUUCGUCCUCCACCUCUGAUUCAUGUAGGGAAGUUGACAGUUACAUGCGGAGAACAGGUUUGUACUGGUACAGAAACCAGAGACACUGGUUAGGUUAGGCCUAAAAAAUCUUAUUUUCCGGUAACAUGCUCAAAAAAUUAGGGUAGAUAGGUCGGAUUUUUUUUUUUUUUUUUUAUUAAAGGAAAUUCGGAAAUUAUUUUUGUGUCAAAAAUGAAUACAAAUAAGGGGGUUAUGCCUUUAGAGCAUUAGUAAGUUGAUUUAACAUCAUUGGCCAUGUUUAAAGCAUAAAAUGUGCAGUUUUGCAACAUUUUAUUAAAAAGUGGAAAUAAAUAUUCUCCAAGGCCAUAAAAACAUUUAGGGUCGGGCCAAAAAUUUAGAGUAGGUCGGGAUACCGGAAACAAACAUUUUUUACGCCUUAACUGCCCGCCGUUAUAUGACUGAAAUACUGUUGAAAAACGGCGUUAAACCCAAAACAAACAAAAUACAGAUCUCUUUUAGAAACUCAAAUACCAUUAACUAUUAUCUGAUAGGAAUCUCUAAUCAUUAAGUUUAUUUGUUUAAAUAAAAACACCGUAAUAUGAAAUAAUUAUUGAACGAAAAGUUUUGACACAUGAGGCAUUAGUUUGUCAGUCUUUCGUGCAUUUA